CCACGUUUGUGACGUCACAAUGACUCCCUGUGCGUCCGAAGGGAGGAAUUUCUUCCUCCAUUGUUACUGAAACAGGAGUCCGCGACCGAAAACACGCUAAAUUCUCAGUCACCGAUUAAUGUCUGAGAGAAGCGGCAGAAGGUGUUCGAGUCCAGUGGACGGAACCAGGCGCGUCGCCCCACUGCCGCUGCAGCUGUGAAGAAAUGACGGAAUAGGGACGGGGAUUUAAACUGACGCAGAAUUCUGCGGCAUUCUGUAAAAUAUCCACGACCCGGACCAAGAACCACUUCGGUGACGAUAGAGGAACCUGCCGGAUCUUCAGGUUUGAUGCCCAGCGUGCCCUUCACCCAGUGCGGCGUUCAUCAGUUGCCUUCAUCUCCCGCUGACUUCAUCCUGCUGCCUCUCGAGGGGGACGAGGAGCAGAGGGGGCGGGGCUGUGCAGCCGGUCUCUGGUGUUUCCAUGGAGACGACUUCGUCCAUCAGCCUCAAACGACGACACGAUGAGGUGGACGAUGGCUCGCCGUUCUUGGACGACGACAUCUCCAGCAGCGACAGCGGCGACAGCUGCGACAGCGUCAACCCACCGACCACCGCCACCCUCACGCCGACCUCCAUCCUGCGGCACCAGAAGCCGGUGGUCUCGGCGGGAGCCAAGCGCGUGCGCUUCGAUGCGGUGACGGUGUUUUAUUUCCCGCGGCGACAGGGCUUCACCAGCGUGCCCAGCCAGGGCGGCAGCUCGCUGGGGAUGGCUCGCCACCACUCGUCCAUUCGCCGCUACACACUGGGAGAGUUCGCCCGCGAGCAGGAGAGCAGCCGGCGCCUGACGCUGAGGCAGCACCUGCGGCAGGAGAAGCUGCGCGCACGCAAGAUGAAGCUGACCCGGAACGGCACGGUGACGUGCGAGCAGGCCGAGCUUCUGACUGUGGACGACGUCUCGGACGAGGACCUGGAUGUGGACAGCGUGGAGGUGGACGACUGCUUCUUUCUACAGCCGCUGCCCACCAAACGCCGGCGCGCCCUGCUGCGAGCGUCCGGGAUUGCACGCAUAGACGCUCGAGAGAAGACGGAGCUGCGCGCCAUCCGACUGUCCAGGGAGGAGUGUGGCUGCGACUGUCGCCUGUACUGCGACCCGCGGCGCUGUGGCUGCAGUCAGGCGGGCAUCAAGUGUCAGGUGGACCGAAUGUCCUUCCCAUGUGGCUGCUCCCGAGACGGCUGUGGAAACGCUGCCGGGCGGAUCGAGUUCAAUCCUCUCCGGGUCAGAACUCACUACCUGCACACCAUCAUGAAGCUGGACCUGGAGAAGAGGAGACCGCUUGAGCCGGAGGACCACUACCCAGACCCGGACCCUGUCCCCUCCUCGGCCGCUUGUCCGGCGGUCCUGCAGCUUGAGGCAGCCCAGACGGUGGUGGAGGUCCAGCACCUGUUGGAGCACGAAAACGAGGUGGCGGUGAUGCACCUGCAGAGUGUGGAGGAGCAGGAGCGGCGCGUGAGGGAGGGAGGGGAACCGCCGCACUGCCUGCUGCCCGCUGUGCUGGAGGGGGAGGAGACCCUCUUACAGGGGCCCUUCCCUCCAGGAGCCACUGUGCUGUGCAUCACUGACAACCAGGAGGAGGCGCCAUCUCACCUCCUUAAAGACUCGCUGAUGUACUACCAACUCAGCCCAGUGGAGGGGGAACCCAUGGAGGAGGGGGACGUGAGGAAGACUGCAGAAGAAGAGGAGGUGAAAGGGAUCCAGCAGGAUGAGGUGAGGGAGGCCCCGGGGCCAGAUGAGUUGGAGGAGACUCCUGUGGUGACUGUAGAGACCCUAGAGGUGGAGGACACCACUGAGACCGCUGAGGUGGUGGAGGAGACUGAGAAGGCGCUAGAAGAAAACGGGGAGACUCCUGAGAGGGUGGAGGAGACCCAAGGGGUUAGAGGGGAGACUCCUGAGAGGGUGGAGGAGGCCAUAGAGGUGAGAGAGGAGAUGGUGGAGGAGACCCGAGAGGUUAGAGGAGAGACUCCUGAGAUGGUGGAAGAGAUCAGAGAGGUUAGAGGAGAGACUCCUGAGAUGGUGGAAGAGACCCGAGAGGUUAGAGGAGAGACUCCUGAGACGGUGGAGGAGACCAGAGAGGUCAGAGGGGAGAUGGUGGAGGAGACCCAAGAGGUUAGAGGACAGACUCCUGAGAUGGUGGAAGAGACCCGAGAGAUUAGAGGAGAGACUCCUGAGACGGUGGAGGAGACCAGAGAGGUCAGAGGGGAGAUGGUGGAGGAGACCCAAGAGGUUAGAGGAGAGACUCCUGAGACGGUGGAGGAGACCCAAGAGGUUAGAGGAGAGACUCCUGAGACGGUGGAGGAGACCAGAGAGGUCAGAGGGGAGAUGGAGGAGGAGACCCAAGAGGUUAGAGGAGAGACUCCUGAGACGGUGGAGGAGACCAGAGAGGUCAGAGGGGAGAUGGAGGAGGACACCCAAGAGGUUAGAGGAGAGACUCCUGAGACGGUGGGCCAGACUGCAAAAGUAGGGCAGGAGACCCCAGAGGUGAUGGGUGAAACCUCCGCUGCGGUCCUGGGAGCUGAAGAGGAGCUCGCAGUGGCUAGAAGCAAAUCUGAAGUCCAACUUGAAGAAAUUGCUGAGUCGGUGGCUCAGCACUGUGAUGACAUCAUCAGUGUGGCUGUGCCUAUGAGCCUGCAGGACCAGCGCCCCCUGGAGGCCUAAUCAUUUUGCACAAAUCGGCGUUGUCCGAGAAAAAGCGGGCUCAGAGACGUGGUCGUAAUGACGUCAUGCGCCCCGAAAAAAGCUUCAAAGUUUACAUGUCAGAGUGACAAAAAAUGCACGCUUUUUUUCACAAACUCUAAAAAGCUGAGCAUUAUGAAACACUGAUACUGAAAUACUUUUUAAAAAGAAAUAUAGUCUAAAAAAGAUAUACUUUAUUGUGCGCCAUGAUUUGAUAUGUGAAACGUAUCAAGCUUUUAGUUCUCAUGUUUCCAUCGGCCUUGAGGCUUUUUUCGAGGCGCUGCAGAAGGUCAACUGAAGGUCACUCACCAAGACUUUUGGGCCUUGAGAGGAGAGCCUGAAGAACCUUUUCAUUUCUGUGGAUCAUAAAAAAAAAAAGUAAUGAGCCUUUAAAACGACUGACGUGAACAUUGCUGACAAAUAAUCCUGGAAAUACUUGUUACCUGUGUACUGUAACAUCCAUGCCGCUGCUGCUCACCGUGACGUCCAGCAGCAGACGCCUUGUGUUUAGCUGUGUGUAUGUGUGUGUAUGUGUGUCUGCGGUAUUUGGGUCCAGAGGGUUUUAUACUAGCAAGGACGAUUUUCUAACAGGGAUCAUUUCGCCUUUUUCAAACGGAAACUCGCUGAUCACGUCCCCGUCAUGUGACCAAAGAUAAACAGCUUUCAGACUUGUUUCUGGAUUCAGACCGUAGCUGGCCAUCCGCACUUCCAGCUGUCUGCUCUGGGUUAUUUCUCCUGUUUUUUUUCACUGCUGUUUGUGUUUUUUACUUCAAACUAAACUUAUUUUUUUAUUUCUUUGUUUUCUCAUUCACAUUGUUCCUUUUUUAAUUUUCAAUCUACACGAAUCAUGAGAUAUUGGCAAGCAAUUGUUAGCUCUGGUCCAGCAUCUUCUAUUUUCUCGCUUUUCUUUAAUACUUGUUCAUUUUAAUGCCUUUCUACGCUUCUCUUGAUCUUUCUUAAUGUUGCCUUGACAGAGAUUUUCAUAAUCUCAUUCAAAGUUUUAUCGGCCUUCCUGUCUGUCUUCUAAUUCUCUGCUGCCUUUUAUUGUGACUUCUAUUUCUUCACUUCCAUGUGUGCAGUUGACUUGAAGGGGUAAAUGAGGGCAUUGCACUCUCAUCCAGAGUCGGAUGCUGAUUCCUAACACGACUGAAUAGCUGAGGUUUGAAAAUAUCGGAAUGAUCCAUCAAGGUGCUGAAGCUAGAGAUUGUCUGCAGCUGCGUUUGUCAUUAAUAUUUAAUUUUCUACCUUUUAAAUGUUGUUUUUUUUUUUUACAUCGAAGCGAAACGUGACGUCCAUCUUUGGCUUCGUCUCCAGACACUUUUGUUUCAAAUGUUUCAUGUAUUUGCACCAAAUCAGCUGGUUUGUGGUCACGUGAUGCGCCUGUGAAGUGGUGAAGAUGAAGGUGUGAGACGCUGCAGUGAAACUAUGUUUGAGUGAGGACAACUUUACUGUUGCAGCCGAAGAUACUUUUUUUAUCCUAAAUUAACAAAAUAAAAGAUGAUAAAAAAAAAAGCUCUGAGGUCUUUUGUCAUC